CUUUGAGACACCAGUUAUUCUGGAUGCCAAACAUUCGCCGGAUUGUUGUCUUGUCUCCGUGUCGCGAGGAGCAACAGGUUUGAUCAGCUGGGGACUUCAUUCCUUACAUUACUGACCAGAGGUACCUGACAGACCAGACCUGCACACAGCACGGCAGCUGUGGAGAACAUGGACAGGUGACGUUUCAGGGGGACAGAUCCUGGCUACGGAGUUUGCUGUCUGUACGGAGUUUGCACGCUCUCCCCGUGACCGCGUGGGUUUUCUCCGAGAUCUCCGGUUUCCUCCCACUCUCCAAAGACGUGCAGGAGAGGCUGUUAGUGGAGAGGAAGUAGGGAGAGGGCAGGAUGUCGGUGGAGCAGCACUGCCCGCUGGUGAAGAAGCACAGCCAGAGUGACCUGGUCAGCAGACUGAAGAGCCGCAGGAUGCUGGGCAUGGGCACGGCGGACGGCAAAUUCCACCAAUCCAAGAUCAGUCAGAUGCUGGGCAAUGAAUUCAAGUUUGCUUUCCAUGAACCCUUCGGCCUCAGGUUCUGGCAGUUCAUGUCCGCACUCACCUUCUCUGCCCUCGGACUCCUGACUCUCACCUUUCCCCGGUCUCUCGGUGCUCGGCUGGACAUGGAUGACGGUGGGAUCUGCGUCUCUGCCCACAGGCUGCACGGCGCCGCCAUGAUCAGUAUCUCCCUCAUCCUCUGGAGUGCCGUCUGGACAAUGGAGAAGGUGAUAAUCCGCUGGACGCUCCUGUCUGAGACGUGCUACCUGGUCGUGGAGUUUCUAGUGACGCUGACCGCCAGUGCUGACCGGGAUGUCUUCUCCAGAGUCACGGCCGUCCAGCUGGUGGCCUUUGGCCUGUCCGCGCUACUCUCGCUUUUCUACUAUGUCCAGGUCGGUCGCAAACCCAGGAGAGUCUAGGGUCAGCGAGAGUGGGCCUUGCAUGGGUUUUUAUUCUGGGGUAUUGUGUGUAGAUUGAUAACAAAAUAAAUAAAUCAAAUCCAU